AGCGGGCACGCGUCUCUUAGUGACGUCACCUCAACAGGGAGACGUGGCGUUUAAAUCGUAACGCGGAGUCGCUCAGACUUUUUCCAUUCUUAUAACCGUUGAACGUAGGCGGUCGAGGGACACGGUCCACACGCGAUGGCUUCGGCUGCGAGCAAUGGUUCGGCGGGCAAAUGGGAAGUGGUAAAGAAAGGGAAGAAACAGAGCGGAGGAGGAGGGAAGAGUCAGCAGGACAAGAAGAGCGGCGGGAGGAAGGCGCUGAGCGAGUCCAACCUGCCGAGGAUCGACCCCGCGCAACCCUUGAAGAUGUCUGAGACCAUCUAUGAGGGUUUUGAGAAGAUGGGGAAGAAGCAGAACAAAGAGCAGGUUCCUCCCGCUCCACCCCCAGAGCAGCAGCAGAAGUCCAGUGCAGGCAAGCAGCCCAAAAAGUCCCCAGCAAAUGGUGCAGGACAGAAACCAGCACAGUUCAAAUCACUGGAGGAGGCUUUGAAAGCUCUCGAUGUAUCUGAGCUUCAGCAGCAACUGGAGAAGAGUCAGAACCUUUUUCCAGAGAACCCCUCAGUAUGGGUGAAGGACCUGGCUGGAUACCUCAACUACAAGCUUCAGGCCCCAGAGAUGGAGCCUACGCUGAGUAACCACUCCUACGACUACCCUUUCUGUGUGGUUAGCAAGGAGCUGAGGAGCACCAUUAAGAGUCUGCUGGGCCGCUGCAGCGACACACUGCCGGACUUCUUCGACCACUGUAUUUACACAAUGCUGCGUGAGCUGGACAAACCUGCAGGUGAGCCCUUGCAUGGCUACAGGAUCUGCAUUCAGGCCAUAUUGCUGGACAAGCCCAAAAUAGCAACAUUGAACUUGGCCAAUUAUCUGGAGCUGCUGAGGUCUCAUCAGAACCGACCAGUUAAGUGUCUAACCAUUAUGUGGGCUCUGGGCCAGGCGGGCUUCUCGGACCUCAGCCAGGGACUCAAAGUGUGGCUUGGCAUCAUGCUUCCAGUGCUGGGCAUUAAAACCCUCUCCUCCUACGCCAUUGCAUAUUUGGAAAGACUUCUCAUGUUACAUGCCAAUUUAACCAAAGGCUUUGGAAUAAUGGGGCCAAAGGAGUUUUUCCCCCUCUUGGACUUUGCCUACAUGCCGAAAAAUGCACUUUCUCCCAGCCUGCAGGAGCAGCUGAGACGGCUAUACCCCAGGCUGAAAGUACUAGCUUUUGGAGCCAAGCCCGAGUGCACAUUGCACACUUACUUCCCCUCCUUCCUGUCGAGAGCUACACCACACUGCCCUGACGAAAUGAAGCGAGAGCUCCUGAACAGCAUGACAGAAUGUCUGUCACUGGACCCCCAGAGCUUGGGUGUAUGGAGACAGCUAUACACAAAACAUCUCUCUCAGUCAAGCCUUCUUUUAGAUAGUCUGUUUAAAUCCUGGAACACUUUGCCACCAAAGCUUCGUAAGAAUCUUCAAGAAACAAUCCAGUCCUUCAAAAUGACCAAUGAAGAAAUGAAGAGCUCUGGAAGUUCUCAAGAGGUGAUGGAAUGCAAUGCUCUAUGCAGUAAACUACAGCUGAAGAUGAAGGGGCGGGGGUUCCCAUGGAUUCGCUUGUUGCUUGCCAUGAUGGUCUUUGCUGCGGGCUUCAUUGUCCAUGAUAUCAGAUCACAAGGGUCAUUCAAAGCUUCUACCACUGCACAGUACCUGCAGAACUCUGGGUUGAUGCCUGUCUUUCAACAGGCCUGGAGUCACAUUUCACACUACUCGCAGAAAGGAAUCAGUUGGCUUGAGAAAAAUGCCCCAUAUUACUAUUCUGAGGCAGUUACUACUGUGGGACCAGUUUUGGAAGUUGUAUGGGAAAAGACCAAGAUUGUGUUUGCCUUCAUUGCUGAACAGUGUUCAGACUUGAUCCUGUGGGUUAAGGAAAAUGCUCCACGUUUCGUUGAAUGGCUUAAUGCUAAUAUCCCAGAGAGUGUGUUCCAUUUUGCUGAAUAUUUGAAGGAGCUCCUGUUGUUUAUACAUCAGAACUAUGUUUUGCCAGUUGUGAUGUAUAUUAAAGUUUCAUUGGAACAAGCUUGGAAAAAUUUUGUAGAUUCUUGCAAUGGAGAGGUUUCCUUACCCUGUGUUCAGAACCACGUGAUAUCCAUCACCAAUUCAACCUGGACUUUUCUGCAGGAUACCACUCUUGCCAUUAAAAACUGGGCUGUUGAACUUUUGUCCAGACCUUGAAGGGUCCACAAGACACUGAAACUCAGAGACUGGGUUUACUUUUCUAAACAAGGACUAAAACCACCUGCGCUUUUUAAAUGAUUACAGAAAGGACCUUUUGUGAGGAAAAUGGAGCAGGCACAUGUAAUUUUUUUUUCUCUUUUUUUUUUUUUUUUGGCAUGUAAUUUUAUACCACUUAUUUUCUACCGACAGUCUUAAUCACUUUUGGGUGCACAGACAAUUUUCCUUUUUUAUAUAGACAUCCAGGUUUUUCAAAUACCAGUGUUAUUUUAAACUGAAUUGCCAAAAUGGGAACAAACUGGAUGAAUUAUACCAGCUUCCUAUGAUUACACAAAAUAGUUUGCUUUUAGCAUUUUGGAUUGAUGCAACAAUAUAGUGAAUGAAGAUAUGAUUCCAAGAUGGAGGAAAAACCUGCUGGACUGUGAAAGUAUAUGCAAUCUGAGAGCAAUGCUACCCAUUGUUCUUGGCAAGGAAUCCUAAUGGGUGUUAACAUUUAUUGAGAUGUGAACUAACAGGAGGUUUCCCUGGUCACCUUUGAACCAGGUUGCCUUGAUUAGAUUCCCCCCCCCAUUUAUACAGAGAGCACUGGACUAUGGAUUACUACUGCUGCUUACUAUUUAAUGUGUAUCUACUUGAACAUCAAGUAUUUGCUGUUGUAGGGCGGUUCAGUGAUAAUUUACCUACCUCUGUGCAAUUUGAUAGAUUUAGGCUUGUGCUUUUUCCCCAGUCCUUAUGUACAGCAGUCUGAGCAUCCUUUAUGCCCUAGUCCACAGUCCACACCUACUCUGUCACAGCCUACUCUACCACACUUGGAGGAGUUGGCAAUCGGCGGUUCUCACAGCUUUGAGAUGUUAAUUCCCAGGCUUCACAGAUUGUUGGAUGAAGCUAUUCUUGGAAUAAACCUUAAAAUUUGGAAACUACUCUGAAAUGGUGACAGUUUACUUUUAGUAUGUAAUAAGUUUAUAAAUAAACACUCUUCUGCCCUUUUCUCAUGUAUAACUGCUGCGUUCUGUUGUCGAAACCAGUGUCUGCAGCC